AACUUGAGUUGGAAGAUAGAUAGAUAGAUAGAUGUGCAUAUUUUACAUGGCUAGCCUCACAAAUAUCGAGGGAUAUACCCUGUCUAUUAUUUCCAGGAGGGGCCAUGGCGUAGAUGGAGAGUCCUAGAGUAUUUAAUGCUCAUUUUGAGCUACGCAGACCCAAUUAGAGCCCGGGCUCUACUAGACAACUCCCGGCAACAUCCAACGGCACACACAGUGUGCCAUCUUCCCAAUUUCCCUCACAUGGCUUGGGUUAACCCGGGGCUAUGGUAACAUUCACUCGCCCAUGUUGAAUCGCCGUCAAGAGGAAUCGAACCCCGGUCUCCUGCACAGAGUACGAGAGCUAUAACCACUAAUCUACGGUGCCACUUAAUCUACGGCGCCACAAAAGAAUAAAAUAAUAGUAUGUUAAUUUUACUCAACUGUGAAUUGUGUAUUUAACAGACUUAGUAAUUCAUCGUUUUUAAUGUGAGCAAACAAUUGCGGUCAGUGAAAUUUUGUCGACUUCAAACUAACUACUUAAGUCAGCAAUUUUGUGUGUACUGUACAUGUUAUGUGAACUGGAUGGCUAUGACAUGGUAUACAAAGCCUCUACCAUAUUACUAAUAUCACAAGUACCGAAACAUGCACUUUUCACAAUGGACAGGAGAAUAUUUUUGUACAAAAAUCUUCACCGCCAAUCUGCUUUCCUACACAGAUCUUCUUUGUUAAUUUGUUUUACAAAGUUUUCCUAAUGUUAUGUGUAAAACCGACACAAGACAUAAUCUUAUCAGUUAACAAUAAGGUUUAGCCUAAACAAACACAAAUACACAUGUUAGUGUUUUACAUUCUUUUUUUUUUCUUUUUUGGAGCAAUAGAAAAAGUAAAACCAUCAAAGCUUGAAUAAAACUUAAACAGCACCUAUCAGAAGCAUGAUUGCAUUUCAAUGUAUACUAUAUUGAUACGCAUUAUACAUAAAGGUGCAAAUAUUUUGAGAGACAAUCCCUGUAUUCGCUCACUUUUCAUAUUUCUUUUGUAUAGAUAUGAAUGAAGAUGGCUGAUUGUCAGUGUGCUUAUCAUGCAAGUCAAAUACACCAGGUACUGACCAAUCAGCUGGAGAAUAUGAAUAUGACCUUACCCUGUAUGCCAAGACAAAAGAAUGGAGUUAAAAGAAACUUUGAAAACUUAGAAUCUGUGGCAGUUGAAAAUACCAGAAUUAUUGAACAAGAUAGGAAGAGAACAAAAUCAAAUGAAGAUUUCAAAGUUGAGGAAUCAAUGGAGUGUGAUAGCGAUGUAAAUAUGGAACAAUCUAACUCAGGACCGGAAAACUUGUAUACUCAAAAGCCACCAUGUAAUACUAACAAAGAAGUGGAAAUGACAAGCAGCAGCCAAAAUAAGAAUUGUUCAAGGUGUCAAAACGGAGAACCUGGCCAUUUUAACCACUCUGCUGCAGACAAACUUAAAUUUUCGCGAAUCCAAUAUGGAUAUAUGAUAUGAUGAUUGGCGACACGUGUUGACAAUGCUAAAGAUAUCAACGAAAAGACAAAUUAGCUUAUAGUUGACUUGUUCAUGUUUUUAUUUAAUAUGUAUUAACAAAAAUUGCCUUUUCCUAGGUAAUUUUUUAUCAAGCUAGAAAUUUCUUUUAAGUGUAAUAUUGGUGUAUACAGUGUACAUCAUAUUUUUAACACAUAAAGAAUGGGAGAGUUUCAUGUAGGAUUGACUGGGUCAAAGUGUUGGCUUCGUGCUGCACCUGCAUUACGUUAAUUUUUUUAAAUAGUUUUAUUGUAUAACAUGUCUGUAACAAAUAUGUUUUGUAGUUUGAUUGCAGUGCAGAAUAAAGUGUGAAAAAUUUAAAUCUUUCCCAAUAAAA